AAAAUCAAAGCUAUUCCAUAAUUUAGAGCGUUUCUUCCAAAAGAAUACUACUUUUCACAUUUUAAUUAAUUUAAAAAUUAAAUUUUCUAUGCAAAAAAAUGAAUUUUAAAGUUGAUAUUAGUGUAUGUCGAGUUUGUAUGAAAUCCGAAGAUGGAAUUUCACUUUUAAAAGACUCCUCACUUCUUGAGAAAUUUGUUUACACUACCAAAAUCAAGGUUAAACCAGACGAUAGUAUGCCAGCAAUUUUGUGUGAAAAAUGCAUUUCGCGUCUGAAAGUUGCCCACGACUUUUGUCGAUCGGCCAACUUGGCAGAGAAGCAUUUAAGAAAAUUCAUUAGCAAAAUUAGUCUUGACUUCCGGGAAGUUACAAAAACUUUACCAAUGGAAGAGGAAGAAGACUAUGUGCUAAUGGAGGAAUUCGAUGCAAUGGAUCCUCAAGUGUUGCUUGAGGAACCUGAAGAAAUUGUCCCAGCUCCACCGCCGCCACCAACAACGGCGUUGGAACAAACGACAGUAAUUCCAAAAAGAAAUUUAAAAAUAGAAGAAACUGAUGAAAUGGAAAAUGAAGAAAUUGAGUUGAUGGUGGAAGAGCCAGUGGAAGAAAUUGGGACAAUUGGGAAAGAAGAAGCUUUGGGUUCGGAGACACAAAUGGAAGAAUUCCAUGAGAUAAUACAAGAUGAAGAUGGUGAUGCGGAUCUUUAUUUAGAUGAGAAUACUUAUGAAGAGUUGCAAUUGUAUGAGACAGAAGAUGGUGAUAUCUAUGAAAAUCAGGAACAUGCUGAAGAAGAAGAGGAUGAAGAAGACGAUGGCGAAGAAGAAAUAAUUGCCGACCACAUUGAUACUUAUUCGGUUACCGAUAAUGGGGAACAAUUCGUUAAGAUGGAUCCUGAAGAACAAAAAAAAGUUAAAAACAGAAAAACAACUCGCAAUUUGAAGCGAUCUAGUGGUGAAUCUGCUGCUUCUAAAAUCGAAGGCAAAUCGAACAUUUGCAUUAAAUGCAAUAAGGAUUUCAGCACCAAAACAAAUCUCAUGAGGCACAUGAGCACACAUGAUGGUGUUAAACCCUUCACAUGUCCAACCUGUGGCAAAGGCUUCACACAAAACGGUUCUCUUAAACAGCAUAUUUUCAUUCAUACUGGAGAGAAACCCCAUGUUUGUCAUGUGUGUCAGAGAGGUUUCACACAGAGCAAGAGCCUCAUAUUUCAUAUGCGUCGACAUACAGGAGAGAAACCUUUCAACUGUGAAGAAUGUGGCAUUAAUUUUAGACAAAAAGAUGGAUUAAAGCAUCACAUACAAAAGUACCAUGGAGAAGGGCAACUUAAACGAGAAGCUCACAUUUGUCCUGUGUGUGAAAGAGUUCUUUCAUCUAAAUACGCGCUGGCUACCCACAUCAAAAAACAUCAAUCGAAAACCGAAGAACAAGAAGCCGAAAUAUUGGGUAGAUGCCUCCAAGGUAGCGCUAAAUUAGACAAAUCAUCAGGAAAAAAAGUUAAAACCGAAAGCCAAGAGUACUCAAGUACAUCAGCAAAUUCGGCAUCAAACCAAAUGAUUGACAUAACCGAUGAGAUGGUUGAAAAACAACCAAUCUGUCAUGCGGGUGCGGGAGUUCGAAUGAAACAGUUUCAAUGUGGAAAGUGUUUUAAAUCUUUUCAUAUAAAACGGAAUCUCUUUCGUCAUUUAAGAAAUCAUGAUGUCAGUACGUUGGAAUUGCACGAAUGCACCGAUUGUGGUAUAGGAUUCGAUACAAAACGUUCCCUAAAAUUACAUCGUCUACGCGAUCACAAAGACGUUGUUUGUGAUUUAAAUAAUUGUGAGUAUUGCGAUGCACCAUUUGCAUCAGUUGCUGAUCUCAGUGAGCACAUAGCCAACGAACAUGAUGCAAUUGACCAGAAUUGUCCUCAUUGCAGUGAACAUUUUGAUUCACAAAAAUUGUACUAUGAUCAUUUGUUGGAACAUGAACACAUGUUAGAUACUUAGUUUUUUUUUUUUUUAAGUUUAGAGAUAAAUUAGUUUUAAAAUAAAAUAUAUUUAAAAUGAAAAUAAAUUCAGAAAAAUGCUUUUAACCUGA